AUGUCGUGUACAUUGCAAUCUAUAAGAGUUAGCGGUGACUUCGAUUGUGGUAUUUUGAAUCAAACCGGAAUAGGUUUCGAUAGUGUUAGGGCAGUUAUGGCAGAAAUGGGGAAGGUGGUAAAGUUCGCCGCAUCUGAAGCAAUGGUCUCGGGAAAAAGUGCUUUGUUGGUAUAUUGUGAUAAAUUGAUAAGUUUGAUCGAUACCUCCAGAGGACGUUACAAGGCAAGAAAAAUGUCAGCUGUUUGA